UUUUUCUAUCUCUCUCUCCACGUUAACAGCCCUUUUCCGCCUCGUCGCCGAUUGCGCUGCUGAGCGACGCCGGAGGAACCGGUUCGGAGUUCUUGCAGGUUUGUGGAUCGCGGGGCAGAGAGAAGGUCUGGAGGGAUUUCUGCCCCCCUUCUUUUCUACUGCCCACCCCCCGCCAGAAAAAGGAAAGGGGAAAAAGCUGCAAGACCGCCAGGCGCCUUUUAAAAGGAAACCCUUCAGCCUUCUCCACGUUUCCACGCUUCAUUCAAUCGGCGGCGGGUUUCCCCCCCUUUUUUAAUUUUGGAAGCUCUGCAAAGUAAAAAGAGGAGAUGGAGAAGGGGAAGGCACGAAGGUAUUUAUGAUUAAGAGACUCGGGAGCCAGGCGAGGCGCAUCGGAGCUGUUCCUCCACAAAGCGACCCGGGCUUGUUUGCUUUUGGAAACAGCACGUAAUUCUGAACUGGGAGCGGGAAAAGCAAAAGAUUUCAGGCUCCCUUACGGAAACCGAGAUUACUUUUUGUGCUUGUUUUCUGCAAAAACUCCAGAAGAGAUUUCCUUCCCCCCCCCUCUAUUUAACAGACUUUAGAGACCUGCUCGACAAAAUCACUGCUGCUAAAAAUAAACCUAGUGGUUUCAAGCUCUUUCCCUCCUCCUCCUUCCCCCCACCCCACUUUACAACUCCCCCAACCCCUCCCCUCCACCCCUUUCCCCCCGCCCCUUCUGAGAGAGUGUGUUUGUGUUUGACAAAGAAAUGGUUUGAACUUCCCACUGCCUCUUCAGGGGGGGAAAAAAAGAAAAGGGAAACGGAAUAGCAGUUUUGACAUAUGGAUGUGAUUUGUCAGCCAGGGGACAGAUGUGUUCAGGCAGAAGGCCCUGCCACCAGGGACUGAGGCUGCGUCUUCUUGGGGCGCUCAGCACCCACGUUCCAUGCACUGCUCCUCGCUUUGCCUCUUCUGACCCCUUUGAAACUCUUCAGUCAUGAGAAAGCGAGGCAAAGAGCUGUUCUUCCUCGCCUCCUGCCUUUGGGGCUAACUCUGCCACCUCGCCCCACCUUUCCCCCCUGAACCCCUAAACCCCCAUCAACAAACUGGGGUCUGCCAGUAACUCAAGGAACACGGCGACAGGAUUACCGGACAGUUCAGCCUGCUUGAGACUUCUUGGAUGUUGCAGACAGUCUCUGUUUGGCUAUGGGAUCCUAUCUGAUGUACCACAGCUUGGGUCUGGUCAUAUGCUGCACGGUGCUUAGUUCCGUCUUCGGGCUGGAGGAUGUGGACGACGUCCUGACAAAGGAGGAGCAGAUCUUCCUGCUGCUCAAAGCCAAGGCCAAGUGUGAGCGCCAUAUAAAGGCCAAAGGACCCAAACUGCAAGAUGGGUUCUGCGUCCCUGAGUGGGACAACCUCAUCUGCUGGCCCGAAGGUGCCCCGGGCAAGACAGUGGCCAUGCCCUGCCCAGAUUACAUCUACGACUUCAACCAUGAAGGCCAUGCCUAUCGACGGUGUGACUUGAACGGGAGCUGGGCUCUGGUGCCCAGCAACAACCGCACUUGGGCCAACUACAGCGAGUGCGCCAAGUUCCUCACCAUCAACACCACGGAAAGGGAAGUCUUCGAUCGCCUCUAUUUGAUUUAUACUGUCGGCUAUUCCAUCUCGCUGGGGUCCCUAACCAUUGCUGUCCUUAUCCUAGGAUACUUCAGGCGCUUGCACUGCACAAGGAAUUACAUCCACAUGCACCUGUUUGUCUCCUACAUGCUGCGAGCCAUCAGCAUCUUCGUGAAGGACGCCGUCCUGUACUCCGGCUCGGCACUGGAGGAGAUGGAGCGGAUCUCGGAAGAGGACUUCAAGUCCAUCACAGAGGCACCUCCAGCAGACAAGUCCCAGUUGGUGGGUUGCAAGGUAGCAGUGACCUUGUUCCUUUACUUCCUGGCCACCAACUACUACUGGAUCCUGGUGGAAGGGCUCUACCUUCACAGCCUCAUCUUCAUGGCCUUCUUCUCGGAGAAGAAGUACCUUUGGGGAUUCACGUUAUUUGGCUGGGGGCUCCCUGUUGUGUUUGUUACAUUCUGGGCAACGUUAAGGGCGACGUUUGCAGACACAGAGUGCUGGGAUUUAAGUGCCGGCUACUUCAAAUGGGUUAUUCAGGUGCCUAUUCUCAUAGCUGUCAUGGCAAAUUUUAUCCUUUUCAUCAAAAUUCUCAGAGUCCUCGCAACCAAACUCCGAGAAACAAACGCAGGGAGGUGCGACACGAGGCAACAGUACAGGAAGCUACUGAAAUCCACCCUGGUCCUCAUGCCUCUUUUCGGAGUUCAUUAUAUUGUUUUUAUGGCUAUGCCGUACACCGAAGUGUCAGGGAUCAUCUGGCAAAUUCAAAUGCACUAUGAAAUGCUCUUCAACUCUUUCCAGGGGUUUUUUGUCGCCAUUAUCUAUUGCUUUUGCAACGGGGAGGUUCAAGCAGAGAUAAAGAAGUCGUGGAGCAGAUGGACGUUAGCGCUUGACUUUAAGCAGAAAGCUCGCAGUGGGAGCACCACCUACAGCUACGGGCCCAUGGUGUCUCACACCAGCGUGACCAACGUCACCGCGAGAGGCGGGAUCGCCCUGCAGCUCAAUUCAAAACUCCUUCCAGGAGCCCUCAACGGACACCGGAACUUGCCGGGAUACGUCAAAAAUGGCUCCAUUUCGGAGAACUCUAUGCCUUCCACUGGACCGGAACAGUACAACAAAGACGAGGAGUAUCUCAAUGGGUCGGGACUCUACAACGGAGACCGGCCAACGGUCCUUGUGGAAGAGGAAAAGGAGACGGUGAUGUAAAGGGGUGGGUGGGAGGAAUGGUCAAACGUCCAAAGGAUAAGUGACCCAGGAAGCACUGGGUGUUCACAGGAAUCCCCGGCCAAUCACUGAAUGCCGAGGUUCUUCAGACAUUUUUUCCCCGGUUCUUCGGAACGAGGUAUUGAGUUCUGCGGGGAAAUGCAGGUCCGCGGUCCGAUCACACACACACACAAACACACACACACUUUUGUUCCCUGACUUGCUCUCUCGCUUUCUCAUGGUGUUCAUGAAGGCAAGGGCUCUUCAGACCCAGGAGAGCUCGUCGUUCCCGGUUAAAAUGAAGGAGAUCCUCCGAGUUUACAAAGACAGCGCUUUGAGCUUUAUCUGCCACUGAAAUAGAAACGGAAGAAGAUGUCGUGCGUCACGUUUUGGCGCCAAGAGAGUGAAGGGUAGAGCAUCAUUGUCUGGUGGUGGCUUGCCCCAAGGCC